CAGGCUUUAACUGCUUUAAUUGAGUCUAUUCUUCUUACCCACCAACCCACUUGGGAAGAUUGCCAACCAGGAUUUCCUCUGACCAGACCCAACUUGGACCCUGAAACCGUGGCCGGUAGGGAGCGUCUCCGUCUUUAUCGCCAGACUCUGUUAGCGGGUCUCAAAGGGGCCGGAAGGCACCCAACCAACUUGGCAAAGGUACGUGCUAUAACCCAGGGAGAAAAUGAAACCCCCGCAGGAUUUUUAGAACGUCUGAUAGAGGGAUAUCGGAUGUAUACCCCUUUUGAUCCCACAGCCCAGGAGUGUCAGGCAGAUCUUAUUAUGGCCUUUAUAGGACAAUCAGCUCCUGAUAUCUGUCUUAAGCUCCAACGGCUGGAGGGCCUUCAGGGGUACUCUUUACAGGAUUUAGUAAGGGAAGCUGAGAAAAUCUACAACAAGCGAGAGACCUUAGAGGAAAGAGAGGACAGAAUUAGGAAAGAACAGGAAGCCAGAGAAGAUAAGAGAGAGAAAAAGAAAAACAAAGAGUUAAGUCGAAUUUUGGCCACAGUAGUUCAGGGAACAGGACCAGAUAGGGACCUGGGAGACAAAAGAAGACCCCGAGUGGACAAAGAUCAAUGUGCUUACUGCAAGGAAAGAGGACAUUGGGCUCGAGAAUGCCCAAAGAAGUUAAAUAAACUACAAAAAAAGACAACCCCAGUCCUGACCCUAGGAGACUAGGGGAGUCUGGGCCAGGAGCUCCCCCCUGAGCCCAGGGUAACCUUGAAGAUAGGGUGGCAAUUGACUACCUUCAUGGUAGACACAGGAGCUCAACACUCAGUUUUGACAACAACCAAGGGACCCAUGAGUUCCAAAACAGCCUGGGUCCAAGGGGCUACUGGAGGGAAGAAAUAUAGGUAGACUACAGAAAGAAAAGUGGACCUCAGUACAGGACAAGUCUCUCACUCGUUCUUACUGGUCCCAGACUGUCCAUAUCCCCUCCUUGGGAGAGAUUUACUCUCCAAGUUAGGAGCCCACAUCCACUUCACUAAAAAGGGAUCCACUGUACAUGGAAAAGAUGGAGCUCCAUUACAGGUAUUAACCCUGCGACUGGAGGAUGAACAUCGGUUGUAUGAGGGACCGAUAGCAGAAACCCCUGGUAUAUCCAAUUGACUAAAUAAAAUCCUUUUAGCAUGGGCCGAGACAGGAGGCCCAGGACUGGCAUGCAAUCAGCCUCCAAUAGUGGUCACACUAAAACCAUCUGCAACUCCGGUCUCAAUCAGACAAUACCCUAUGAGCAGAGAGGCCCGAGAGGGAAUCAGACCUCAUAUUCAGAGACUUUUACAAGUAGGCAUACUUCGGCCCUGCCCGUCCCCUUGGAACACCCCACUGCUGCCCGUAAAGAAGCCAGGAACAAAUGAUUACCGACCAGUCCAAGACUUAAGAAAAGUCAAUCAGAGGAUAGAAGAUAUCCAUCCCACUGUUCCUAAUCCCUAUAAUCUUCUGAGUUCUUUACCUCCUAGUCAUAGGUGGUAUACUGUACUUGACCUGGAGGAUGCAUUCUUCUGCCUAAGGCUGAGCCCGGUUAGCCAGCCCAUCUUUGCUUUUUAAUGGAAGGACCCUAAAGCUGGAAUAUCGGGACAACUAACCUGGACUCGACUUCCCCAAGGAUUCAAGAACUCCCCUACUCUGUUUGAUGGAGCUCUACAUCGUGACCUGGCUGACUUUCAGAGACACAUGGGACCAGAGAAGACCUCACUGACCAGCCCCUAACAGAUACAGAUGCCACCUGGUAUACGGAUGGGAGCAGCUUUCUGCGAAAUGCAGGUGAACUAUUUGGGCUACAGGUUGGAGGGAGGACAACAUUGGCUGACGGAAAGCAGGAAACAGGCAGUAGCCUCUAUCCCCCCACCAACCUCAGCCAGAAGACUCAGAGAGUUCUUGGGAAGAGCAGGAUUCUGUAGAUUAUGGAUACCGGGUUUCGCUGAAAUAGCAGCUCCCCUAUGUCCUUUAACAAAGAAUGGGACCCCUUUCGUCUGGACUGAAGAGCACCAGAGAGCUUUUGACAAAAUAAAAAGAGCGCUGCUGACGGCUCCAGCUCUAGGAUUGCCAGAUUUGACAAAACCUUUAAUCUUAUACAUAGAUAAAAAUAAAGGGAUGGCAAAAGGAGUUCUUACUCAGACUUUGGGACCCUGGAAAAGGCCAGUGGCUUAUCUCUCAAAAAGACUGGACAAUGUAGCCUCUGGCUGGCCCCCAUGCUUGAGAAUCAUGGCGGCAAUAGCAUCCCUGGUAAAAGACUCAGACAAACUCACCAUGGGUCAGCCCCUGACUAUUAUAACACCACAUGCGGUGGAGUCCAUCAUUAGACAGCCCCCUGACAGAUGGCUGUCAAAUGCCAGGGUGACCCAUUACCAGGCACUACUAUUAAAUCCAGAAAAGAUUAAGUUUGGUAGCCCAGCCACCUUAAACCCUGCCACGCUGCUACCAGCUUCUGAAAAAGGUACUGAGAUUCCCCAUGACUGCCAGCAAAUACUUGCAGAGAUGCAUGGGACUAGGGAAGACCUCACCGACCAGCCCCUAAUCGAUGCAGAUGCCACUUGGUAUAUGGAUGGGAGCAGCUUUCUGCGAGACGGUGAGCAUAAGGCGGGGGCAUCGGUGGUCGAUGGGGAAUGGAUAAUCUGGGCCCAGGCCCUGCGGGCCAGAACAUCGGCCCAACGGACUGAAUUAGAAGCCCUAACCCAGGCCCUAAAAUUAGCAGAGGCCAAGAAGGUCAACAUUUACACUGACAGCCACUAUGCAUUUGCCACAGCUCAUGUACAUGGAGAAAUUUACCGGAGGCGGGGGCUCCUCACCUCGGCGGGCAAAGACAUUAAACAUAAAGAAACAAUAGUGGCCCUUCUACAAGCUCUGUAUCUGCCUAAAAAGGUCAGCAUCAUCCAUUGCCCUCGACACCAGCGUGACCAGGGGCCGGUUGCUCAGGGCAAUAGGAUGGCAGAUGAAACUGCCCACCAGAUAGCAGAGGGCACCCGCAUUCUCUAUUCCCAAUCAUCACUGGAGGCUGAGAACGCGGAGGAAUCAGAAAGAGACCUCUUCAUUUAUUCCGAGCAAGACCUAAAAGUAGCCCAGGAGUUAGGCGCAAUGAUGGAUCCUGAAACUAAAAUGUGGAGAUAUCAGGAUCGAACCAUACUGCCCCGAAAGGCGGCCCUUGAACUAAUCUCUCAGCUCCAUCAGUGGACACACCUAGGACACAAGAAAUUAAAAACACUACUAGAAAGAGAAGAACAAUUCUAUUAUUUCCCAGACCUCAACCAGCUAGUCCAGAAGGUAGUGGGAGAUUGUGUCUCAUGUUCCCUGGUGAAUGCUUGCAGAUCAAAGGCCCCCUCUGGCAUGAGAGAGAGAGGGGCACGACCAGGGACAAAUUGGGAAGUAGAUUUUACUGAAGUCCUCCUGGGAACGUAUGGUUAUAAAUAUCUCUUAGUGUUUAUAGACACUUUUUCAGGGUGGGUGGAAGCCUAUCCCACCAAGAAGGAGACUUGA